AUGGCCACCUCCAGACUCCACAUCGCUUGCGCUCUCCUCCUCGCUGGUGUUGUGCUUCUGGGGCAAAAUCAAGAGGGCAUGGAAGCCGUGGCUUGCCCGCAGUACUGCCUGGAAGUCGACUACAUAACCUGCCCGUCCUCCGGGUCACAGAAGCUCCCGGCGAGGUGCAACUGCUGCAUGGCUCCCAAAGGCUGCACGCUUCAUCUCUCUGACGGGAUCAACCAAACUUGCUCUUAAUCCAGUUCAGACAGUGUUGUAACUUCAUGUCUUCAUGUAUGGUCUGGAGCUAGACAAUGUACGUACUUGUCAUGGCAGUAAUAAUGUGACAAAGUUGUAUGUUUUGCGGAUAAAGCAUGUCAUAUACUAUGAUUUAUGCAUUAUCGACGAGUACGCGCAUAUACAGAUAUUCCCUCCCGGCAGCUUCAAUGAGCCCUAAAAGUUGUUUUGGUACCUAUGGAGCAGAGGAGGGUAAUAAUAACGUACGGUAAGGAGCAGAGAGCUUAGGAACGUAAUGAUAAUGAUUACCGUACAAUUAAAGCGUCGAUUAUAAAUCGGCACGACAGCUGCUGUGCUGUAGUGGUUAUCACGUCAGUCUUAC